GCUGGGGUGGCAGCCGGGGGGAUGCUGACUCAGGGAGGGGCAGGAGCGGCCCAGCCCUGGUGUCAUCAGCAGCAGGGAGUGUCCCCUGUGCACAUUGGCCCGGCCGGGGCUGAGCCGUGGUGGGGCUGCUAUAAAAGGCCUGGCCGGGCCAGGCUGUGCCAAGCUCCUCUGGCCACCUUGUCCUCGGGGAAAAGGAGCUCCAGCGCAUCCCUGGCCGAGAUGUCCUGCUACGAGCUGUGCCCCCCCAAAGCCAGCGUGGCUGUGCCCAAGCCCAGCGUGGCUGUGCCCCAGCCCAUCGCCGAGAGCUGCAACGAGCUGUGCGCCCGCCAGUGCCCCGACUCCACGGCCUUCAUCCAGCCGCCCCCCGUGGUGGUCACCUUCCCCGGCCCCAUCCUCAGCUCCUUCCCCCAGCAAGCCGUGGUGGGCUCCGCCGGAGCCCCCGCCUUUGGGGGCUCCCUGGGGCUGGGGGGCCUCUACGGCCAAGGGGCCACCCAGGCCUCGGGGGGCCUCUGCACCUUUCCCACAGCCUGCGCUGCUCCCGCCUGCAGCCCUUGGCUCCUGCCCCGCUACUCCAGGAAAAUCUGGGACACCUGCGGGCCCUGCUAGACCCAGCCCACACCCCACUGACAGCGCUCACCACGCUCCACAACCCACCAGCUGCACAACAGCCCUUGGCCUCCUCCAGCCCGGCACCACCAGCCUGCCUGGCUCUUGCCCACCAUCUCUCUCACACUCUCUCCUGACCCUCUCUUCUCAAUAAACUUUUCCU